UAUAUCGGUGCGCCUUUUGAAAACAAUACCACCAGCGCCAUCUAAUUGUACUCAACGAAUAUAGAGACACAUAUUUCUUUGCAGAGGAUAUUCUACUUUAUUGAUUUUACUAAAAUUUAUGAAGCAUAUUAUAUCAAUAACAUUUGUUAAGUAAAAUAUCUUUCUAAGUUUAUGAAUAAAGUAAAGAAGCAAAAAUGUUGCCGAGCGUUUUGGAAAAAUACUGCUACCGCCAUUCAGUAGUAAAAUAGUAAACUACUAUGAAAAGAAACGAUUGCCGCUUAUCCUUAGAUGGCACUGGCAGCUUAUUUAGAUUGUGUGUAAUUAAAUACAUGAUACAUGUGGUUUGUUGUGGUCAAAUUUGAAUAGGUUAAGUAAGAUGUAUUCGCAGGAAAAUAUAAAAAGAGAUUUAAAUAAAUGGCUGGAAUUGAAACGCCGUGGGGAAUUAGACAGCGAAGAAAAGCUUUUAAAUUCUAACGAUGAAUUUUGGCGAGAUUCUAUUACCUACAACACCUUAAAAUCCUAUAUACACAAUGACGACGAACAAAUUAAACUGAACACACUUGCUCUAGUGGUAGAAUCUAAAAAAAGUACCUUGAAAUUUACUUUUAAAGAAUUUGACAUAAUUAUUUUAUUCUUACAAGUUAACUUGAAAGAAAAACUAGAAUUUGUUCCUUUAAUUAAAAAGGCAUUGAAACGUAUGAAGGAAAGUUUAGCUGUUUUGCAAAGACAAUAUACCCAAGAAGAAAAAAUCAGAUAUCACUAUCAGAAAAAUUGUAACUCUAUGGAAAUGAGGCAAGAAGUGUUACACCAUUCGUAUGAAAUGUCCUUUAAUAUCAAAAGGGAUAUUGAAAUGUAUGGUGAUGCAUUUAGAUCUUUGCGUAAUACGUGUAUAUGUAGCCCUGAUGCUACAUAUUCCAGAAGAAAGUCUUCUUUACAGAUAUUGUUAUUAAUGAGAGAUUUCUUGGAUAACGAAUUCAAAUAUAUCACCUGGGAGUCUGAACAAGCGGAAGCAUUGUUUAAGUUGAUGUUAUUAGAUACAUAUGAAAGCAACAAAGAAAUGGCUUUUAAAUUAAUCAAGUCCAUAAAUACAACUUUGUUACAGUUAGAUAAUGAAAAUGUAGUUCAUGAUAUUAUUAAAGUUGCUAUUGAAUUAGGUAAUAGUAUCAAGCCUAUCGACAGUGUUACUGCUGCAUACAUGCUAAAGCUUAGUACAUUGUCACCAGUUGUACAAUCAGUACUUGAAGCAAGAUUCGAUUUAACAGAACCAGUUGAUGAAAACAUAACAGAAACUGUAAUAUUGCAGUUGAUACUAAUUUUGUUAAAAAAGUUACAGCAAUCACUAGUAUGUGCAAAAGAGAAUAUAGUAACAACAGUUACUAAACAUUCUUUGUAUGGAUAUCUUUUUUGCAUUAGAAGUUUGUUAGAAGACUGUGAUUUAGAAAAUGUUGAAAAGAAACAAUUAUGGCAAGAUACCAUUGCAGAACUUGUGACUGUAUGUUUGGAAUUAAGUUGUGCAGUUUCUGUAAUAGUAAAUAAUUCUUCCCCUGAAGGACAUUUACCAAUGGAUUUAAGUUCACAAGCUAUCAGUAAGAUAAAUAAUUCAUCCAUCAAGCAGAUGGUGACUCCACAAAUGGUACUGCUCUGUUCUUGGCACACUGUGAAGGAAGUCAGUUUAAUGUUUGGUCUUCUUGCUAUUAAAGCACCAAUAAGAGAAGAUGGUUCUUCCAUAGAACUUUUAAAUAAGGAACAAAUCAUUAAAAUAGGAGAACACUUGGUUAUGCUGCUUACCGAAACAAAGCAUAGAGGAGCAUUUGAACAAGCACAUGUAGGUUUCAAUCAGUUAUGUACUCGUCUUUGGCGGUUGGAUAUAGUAGACCUAAAUCAAUUGCCUAAAAUAUGGUUACAUCAAAUUUUAAUUGCUAUCACAGGAAUUAAGGAAGACAAUUUAAAAUUAUGUGCAACCCGACGAAGUGCGGGUGUUCCUUUCAUGAUACAGGCAUUGUUAUCUACGGAACCGCGUCAGUACAAAGACACAAAUACUACAACUUUCCAUUCUGUGAUGACAAUUCUAUUAAAAUUUACAAAUUUGGAAAAUAUAAACCUACGGGACAAAGUAAGACGCUUGAUAUAUACCAAUUCGGUAUUCUCAGAAUAUGAAAACUCACUUGAAUCAUUAACACAUACCGAUGAAUGUGUACGCGAGAACGCUACUCAAGUAACAGAGAUCAAAACUCAUGCUUUGAACAUUUUGAGAACAAUUUUUAGAAAUUCUCGUCUCGGAGAAGUAGCGAACAACUACGUGGAAGAUGGUUUAAUAGCAGCAAUUAAGAGCUAUGACGCUCUAACGUGGGCGGAAAGAAAUGCUGCGACAUUACUUUUCAGUGCACUCAUCAUCAGGAUUUUUGGUGUUCAGAGAACGAAAGAUCAUAUUAAUCUUACUACGGAUAACAAAAUGAAUUUUGUAUUAUUUUUUGAGAAGUACCCCAACUUGUUGCCUUUUAUUUUAGAGGAAUUGCAAUCAUUUGUGACAACGAAUGAUAGUCUUAUAAAGUCUAAUGUGCAGUCAAUUUUAUUGUUAUUGUCACGAUUAUAUCAUAGACAUGGUUCUGAUUACACUAACAUUCAGACCAAGAUCAACGAUCUUGUCACUGUAAUAAUACAAUGUGCAAAGAGUGCAGUAUUCGAAACUCGUAAAUUAGCGGCUAGAGCACUUGUACAUAUAAUAACAGAACAAUCUGUAGGAGAAGUUUUAAUGAAAAUAAUUGAAAAUAUAAUACAUACUGGAAGUAAUAAUUUAUCUCUGAAUUUGAUUCAUGGUUACAUGUUACAGAUAUUCGAAAUAAUAAAACAUUUUGGUUUUAAACAAUUCCAAUCUUACGACAAACAAUGGGACAGGUUUUUGAAAAAAACAAGUUGGAUCUUGGAAAAUUUAGAAUGUCAAAAUUCGAAUCCUCCGUGUUUUUUAUUGGCCACAGUUUACGUGAAUAUUUGUAGUGAAAUAUAUAAAACAGAUGAAACGUAUUUUACACAAAAUAUUCAAAUAUUACGUGUGCUUGUUUCGCAUUUAUUACGACAAAAAUUGAAGCAAGGACCAGCACGAGAACUUUACCAAAUAUCUGUGAUUAAAUUAAUUCGAUGUCUAGCGGAAAGAAAUCAAUUAAUUUCACACAAUCUGUUAAUCGCGCUAUAUGUUCGUAGUUUAAAAAUACCAGAAACGCAAAUUAUUGCAUGGUCUACUUUGACAAAAGUGGUCAAUGAAAUGCAAUCAGAUUCUGUGUCGACGGAGCUAUUAAACAGCACUGUUAAUGAAAUACGUGAUUCUCUGAAAAAUUUGGAUAGGUACGAACCAGAGUUGCAAGAUGCAAUAUUCGAUUUCCUAUACAGUACCUUAAUAUACCUCGAUAAGUUUCCGUCAUUUUCUACGAAGAAAAUGGACAUUUGUAAUAUUGUUUUGAACGAAAUACGAUUAAAUAAGAAAAAUACUGCUUAUUGUGUAAGAGAUUGUUAUUUAAGAUUACUUGGGAAAUCGUUUGUAAUUUUUACUAUUUUAAACGAGGACAAAGAUGCAAUUAAUUUGGCAUUUAUUAAUGACGUGUAUAGCAUCUUUUGUGAUCAUUUAUGGAUCACGUCCUUAGGCACAGAUUUUAGAAAAUCUGUAUUCGAUAUAAUGCGUGAUCUUCUUCCAAUAUGCAAGAAAUCUUACGAAUAUCGUUAUGUACAAAUUCAGUGGUGGACAACAGUAUUACAAUUGUUGCUGGACAACAAUUUUGAAGUACGACGCGAGGCAGCCACUUUAAUCGAUGCCAUUCCAAUAGAUUGUAUAUUAAGUACCAAUACAUCAUAUGUAAACCUGUUUCUUUCUAAGUUCUGUAAAUCUAUGCACAGUGAUCCUGAAUUAAUUUGUACUGUGCUGUUUUAUUGGGGGGUCGCAUUGAUGGAUGAUUCGGACUACGAAAUGGAUGAAACAGAUGUUUUCGAUAAAUGCACCAAUUACGAUUUCUUCGAACCCUUGGAAAUAUCAAGAAUUUGUGUAGAAUUUUUAAUGAGAUAUAUGAAAAGUUAUUUGAACAGUGUAUUGCCAGAUCACGUUAUAGAUUGGAUAAACUCGCGACUAAAUACUGAAUUUGAAAAAUCAAUUACUUUUAAGACGUUGGUACAAAAUUAUGCAAGUUAUGUACCUACACUCGAGAACAAGUUGCACGAUGUUUUAGAUCCGACUUAUAAAAAUAAAUUGUUACAAGUUUUAGCAUAUGGACACUUUAAACAAAUAUUGUAAAUAUGUUUUUAUACA